AUGGUUUUGCACAACGAUAAGUGGAAGUGGAAGAACAAACGCAAGCAUUUGAAAAAGGUGGGAGAAGUGCAACAGAAUGAUAGCUUAAGUGAAGAGUCAAGCGCUGACGAGCUUAUCACCAAUGAAUGGCGGUUCGAGGAGCUGAAGCCUAUUCAGCAUCCUAAAGAUGAGGAACAGAUUGCAUUGGAGCGAGAGCAGAGACAGAUCGAGUUGGAGCAGGACGAGGCCAACACACGACUGGUUUUGGAGAAACUGAAGCUAUCGGCCCCUGAAAUCAGCAAAUCCAGCAAACACAAGGACCCUAAGAAGAUGUCCAAGCAGGAGCUGCUAGAUUGGAGUGUGGAGCAACAGGGCGAACCUGAACCUGAUACAGCAGCUCGAGACAAUCGCACACUGAGCGAGGACGAAAAAGCUCGCUUUUACGAGCUGCAGAAGCGCAUCGAGCGGCAGAAAAUGGUGACGUCCAUGAAAAAGAAGUUUGCUACCACAGGAGGAAGAAAGGUGCUGGAGGUCACGAAAGUUAACGACGACAACUACAAGGCUGUGAAUGCUCAGAGGCUCGAAGAGUCGGCGAAGAAGCCCAAGGAGGGCGAGUUCGAGGAGAGUUUAGCAGAUCUGUUGGGUGAUAAGACAAUUUUGGCCCAAGAAUCUGCUGCGAAGCCCGAGACCAGAGCACACAAGAUCACGCCAAAACCAGCCCCGUCGUUGAAGCUCAACUCUUCACAAACCGAGGACGAGUUUUUGGAUCAUCUGCUUGGAUGA